AAUACUCAAGAGUCUAAAAUGCGUCUUGCAAAUGUCUCUAUUAGUAAAUGUACUAAAGAAGAAUUGAAAACAUUAUGUGCUUAUAAAAAACGAAAAAUUUCAAGUGCAACUAAUCAAUAUGGAGAAGACAAAGCAAAUAAAACAUUUGCUGUGCUUUUUAUUAAAUGUUAA